AUGCGACACAUGUUGCCAAAUUGAUUUUGUCAUAUGUUGUUGUUCACAAAAGUGUGUUGAAAGCAUAUUUGUGAAAAUGGCUGUUGAUCAUCGGAAACUUUCUUGUAUAUAACCAGGUGGUAAUAUAUCAUCGUACCUACGAUGUCCUCGGAUGUACUCAGUUUGGGAGGUUUUGACGCUUUACACCUUCUGGGGGCGGUAAUGGUUGCUGGAAUUUGCGCAAUAAUCAUCUACAGUCUCUGGGACUGCUGCAACCAGGACGAAUCACCGACUAAUUCUCCGCGCGACGAAAGAGUCGUUGUCAACCAACUGUACGCAACGGAACUGGAACCCGGACUAGUGGUCUUACAGAGUCAGGACGGAGCAUACUUUCGUAUUCUACAGGAAUGUGAGUCUGCCGAGUUCAGAAACGAACGACCGGGAACGUCCGGAAAUAAACAAACGUUUCUGAACGGAGACCCGGUGACCUACAUUCCUCGCAACACGAGAACGGAAGUGCGUAAUGUCGCCACCGCACCGCAACCUAGUGACGAGAAUCUGAUGGCGUGGAACGUCCAACCACCUCCUUACGGAAACUAAAAAAGAAGAAUGUUAUAAAGUUUUAUUGGAAAUUUAAAAUAAAAGAAGAGGAAGAAAAAAAAAAGGAUUAAUUAA